AUGACGGUUCCUGGCGUCCCCAGCCGAGGGGAGUUCGUUCCCCUCAGCACACCCCAUGGAGUUAAGAGAGCAUUAAAGUUGGACACUGUUAAAAAAGAUAAUCCAUCUGAUGCAACACCUGUGAAGACCAAGAGGAAAAAUCUGAACUCUUACUCACCGACAACAGGAACACGCCAGAUGAGUCCAUUUUCAUCUCCCACGAGUCAUAAUGCACACAAUCUCAGAAAUCGCCCAUCAAAUGCUGAGCGGAAUGAUUCCGAAAGCAGAUUAUCCAGGAGAGGGCAGCCUCAAACAGAGGAGGAUGUGUUCAUGGAAUUGCAGUCCAAAGUGAAAAGUUCAUUGGUGAGAAUUCAGAAAAUAAGAGCAAGUCUGACAAGCCUACAGGCUUUAGAGGGCAGUAGAGAGCUUGAAAAUGUUAUUGGUGUCUCAGACUCAUUUUGCAUUUUCAGUGCUGAAAUGCAGAAAACCCAAGUGCUACUGAGUCAAGCAGAAGAACUGCAGCUGUUCAACAGAAACCAUGGAAAACCUCCUGCCCGAGAGUACGUUCAGACAACCAGUAGCUCCGCGUUCCUGGCGUCGCUCCUUGACUGA